AUCAUGUCUAAUGGCCAGAUAUGGAAGGAGCAAAGAAGGUUUACUGUGACAAUGCUAAAGAACUUUGGUUUAGGAAAGAAGAGCUUAGAACAGCGCAUUCAGGAGGAGGCCCAGCACCUCGUGGAGGCCAUAGAAGAGGAGAAAGGGAAGCCUUUUGACCCUCACUACAAGAUCAACAAUGCCGUUUCCAAUAUCAUUAGCUCCAUCACCUUUGGGGAGCGCUUUGAGUACCAGGAUGAUCGGUUUCAGGAGCUGCUGAGGUUACUAGAUGAGAUCACAUGUUUGGAGGCAUCAUUGGUGUGCCAGCUCUAUAAUGUCUUCCCAUGGAUAAUGAAAUUCAUUCCUGGACCACACCAAACUCUCUUCAGCAACUGGGAGAAACUGAAAUUGUUUGUUUCUCAAAUUAUUGAACAACACAAGAGAGAUUGGAAUCCUGACAAAACAAGAGACUUUAUAGAUGCUUACCUCAAGGAAAUGGAAAAGGACACAGACAAGACUACUUCAUGUUUUCAUGAAGAGAACCUCAUCUAUAGCACACUGGACCUCUUCUUUGCUGGAACUGAGACAACAUCUACAACCCUGCGCUGGGGUCUGCUGUAUAUGGGUCUCUACCCAGAAGUCCAAGAAAAAGUACAGGCUGAAAUUGACAGCGUGAUUGGCCAGGAGAAGCUGCCGAGCUUAGUGGACCGAGCAUCAAUGCCCUACAUCAAUGCUGUGAUCCACGAGGUGCUAAGAAUGGGCAAUAUCCUCCCGCUGAGCGUUCCCAGGGAAGUGACAGUGGACACCACUUUGGCUGGAUACCACCUGCCAAAGGGAACCAUGAUCCUGACCAAUUUGACUGCACUGCACAGAGACCCCAAAGAAUGGGCCACCCCAGACACCUUCAAUCCAGAGCAUUUUUUGGAGAAUGGACAAUUUAAGAAGAAGGAAUCAUUUUUGCCUUUCUCAAUGGGAAAGCGAGCUUGCCUAGGAGAACAAUUAGCAAAGUCUGAGCUAUUUAUUUUCUUCACUUACCUUUUGCAAAAAUUCACCUUCAAACCCCUAAAGAAUGAGAAGCUGAGCCUGAGGUUCAGAGUGGGCCUCACCAUUUCCCCAGACACCUACCACAUAUGUGCUGUACCUAGGGCAUGAUGUUGUUGGAGAAGGAAAUGAGAAGAAGAGCAAGAAAGAAUGGCAUGUGCUCUGAAGUUGCUGAUUUCUGCUCAGAUGUGAAAGAAUUGAAGAAAGAUGACUUUGAAGAAACAUGAGAAGAAUUGAACCAAGAAGAUAUUGAAUCUAAAUCCCAGCUCUGCAUUUGCCUUCA